AUGGACACAACAAACAUAUAUAACGCAUGGGAGUCAUUGAAGAGGUCCGCUCGCAAGUUCUGGGUCCUUCCGGGUCCCGUGCCCGUCGCCUUGUACUCCUUCAACCCUCGACGUGUGUCCCCGCUCCUCAAGGACGACGUCAAGAACUUCGUGGCCGACGUCCUCCAAGUCGAUCAAGACAGCGACGGUGUUGAAGUUCCAAUUGACCGGCAUACCUACGAGAUGACCAAGAAGCUCCAUCUGCGUAUCCGAGAGGAGGUUCGUGUCGGUACCAAGGGGAAGUCCUCUGCAGAGGCUCGCAUUGCCAAGGAGAUCAAGGAGACCAGCAAGGCACUCAAGAAGGUCGCUCGUCGGCGCGACAGGCCUCCAUGCGAGCCGCCAGCCGCCUGUCAGCCUCUCGCAUCGCCAGCUCAGCCCACCUCCCGCCAGGCGAUGCGCGAGGCUCGGUUCGCAGAGAAGCACAUGGGCGUCCCCCGCACCAUCUACCUCGCCACGAAGGCCAUCAACGGUCAGCAUCCCUCGCUCACCAAGUCUGUGGAGGGGCAUGGCCGCGAGACGCACCGUUCCCCGCUUGUGCGUCGGGCGAGGGCGCAUGGGUUGCCGUUCUGCGGGACCGAUCGGAGGCCUGCGAACAAGUACCAUCCUCCCUUCAAUCAGAGCGGGGCGGUCGUACCGGAGGACGUCUUCGCGAACUUUGAUGAGGGGAGGGUGGGGACGAUAGUGGACUUCCCGAGGAGGGACGGGUAUGGGCCUGUGCCGAUGGAUGUGACAGCUGUCCCACCGGGGUCGCCGAUGAAGGGUCUCAGGUCAGCCCCACUUGAGUACCCGACUGUUGAGAUGGAGGAGACGUCCUCCGAACCAACAGUGUGCUCAUCCCCUCCCUCCCAUUCUACCCCUGCGCUUCCCCAGUCGCAACGCCCGCCGACGAUGUCGACGUACUGCCGCAACCUCGGGCAUGUAUCGAACGAGAUGGCCUACGCCCUCCGGAACAUCCGCGCAGCCAACGCCCGGGAGCAGUCCCGGCUCCCUCAGACAACGCCUGUCCGCGUUCGGACCCGAGCCGGACCCACUCGGGCUCGGGUGGUGCCUCCUACGCCAGUCAAGUCUCGGCGCCAGGGACGGCUGGUGUCGGUCGGUGGCCCCUACUAG